AUGGCGCCUGUUACCGAAGUUGGCUCUCCCAUCACACCUGGCUCUAUCAUGCCUGAAUCACCAGUUAAUGGUGGGCCUACCAUGACCACAUCGCCCAAUGCUGAGUAUCAGGAUAUUGAUCCCGAUAAUACCUCGAGGCCUCGUCCAAAGCCCAGUCGGCGCAGGGACAAACCCCAGCUUUCUUGUAACCUCUGCCGUCGCCGCAAAUCGCGAUGUGACCGCCAGCAGCCAUGCUCAACGUGUUUGGCUCGAGGGCAAACCUGUGUCUACGUAGAAAAUCAUCCUACGCUAACAAAGCCGUCGGUACCACUAGGAACAACAGCUCCGUCAGCUCCACACGCAGUUCACGACCGCCUGGUUCAAUUAGAACGUCUUGUUAUGUCAUUAAUGUCUGACCCUGCUCAAAGAGCCAACUAUGGCGUUACUAAUACCUCAGCUGCUGAAGUAACGCCACGCGCGGGGUCAGAAAAUGGACAUGGGCCUGUACCUGGCUCUGGGGCUGGGGCUGGGACUGGGAAUAAUACCAAUACCCAAGGUGAUGCUCCAGUAGACGGACGUUCUGAAUGUGGAAGCAUGCGAGUAACUGCAUCGGAACUUCGCUAUGUCGGAGGGGACCAUUGGGCAGCCAUCCUGGAAAAUAUCGCUGAUUUAAAGGACCAUUUUGAUCGGGAAGAACAGCUCAGACUUGCUAAUAGCCCUGAAGAACUGGAUGGUAAUAACAGUGACCCAGCAAGUAAGCCUAGGUUUCCUCACGCACUCCUUUUGUAUGGAUGCCGCCGUCCAGCUUCGCGAUCUGAAAUUCUUGCUGCUCUACCCCCAAAGAGUGCUGUGGACCGUUAUAUUUCUCGCUACUUCAACUGCUUGGAUCUCGUGGCAUCUUCUGUCGUCCACGGCCCCAGCUUUCUGAACCAGUAUGAAGCUUUUUGGAACAAUCCAUCUGGUGCCCCGAUUGUCUGGGUUGGACUGUUAUUUGGCAUGAUUUGUCUUGCGCUACUCGCCUCGGACCUGCCAUAUGCUUCCUAUAGCAACAAUGACACAGAGCAGCAAGCCCUCCAGGCUGACUUAUAUCGUGAAAAAAUCGUCCAAUGCCUCAUAAUGGGAGAAUACACAAACUCCGGGCCGUACGUUCUGGAGACAAUGAUCCAGUACGUGUAUGUGGAGUAUAUUGUCCGUACGGACGCCGGCAAGGAUAAUUGGUUCCUACUUGCCAUCCAAGUCAAUCUGGCAAUGCGAAUGGGCUACCAUCGUGAUCCCAGUCAUUUUCCUGGCAUAUCUCCGCUACAGGGUGAGAUGCGACGCAGAGUGUGGGCAACAGUUCUCAUGAGUGACAUUCUUGUUUCAAGCCAAAUGGGUAUGGCGCGAAUGAUUGCAGAUUGGAAGUGUGAUACAGCUGAGCCGCGAAAUUUGAACGAUAAUGACAUAGAUGAGAAUACCACUGAACUUCCACCAGCGAGACCGGAGACCGAACACACAACAGCAUUAGGCAUUAUUGCCCGACGAAGAAUGUUAAUGGCCUUAGGCACAAUAUCGGACGUUACUGAUGCAGUUAAACCGUCUAGAUAUCCAGAGAUUAUGCGAGCUGACGGAAUUUUACAUGAUGCUGCGGCCAGCAUCCCUCCGCCACUGAAGAUGAAGCCUAUGGCAUCUAGCGUUACUGACUCUGCCCAGGUGAUUAUGGCACGUUUGUUUAUCGGUCACAUGUUUUACAAAGGGCAAAUAAUGCUUCACCGCAGAUUUCUAUAUAUGGAAUCACCGCCCGGAGAGGAGGAUAAGUUUGCUUAUUCACGAAACGCCUGUAUAGAUGCCUCACUGGGAACACUAAAUAUACAGCAUGUUCUCGACGAGGAGACCUGCCAGGGAGGCCAGCUCUAUUCUAUGCGGUGGCGCGUGUCUUCCAUGAUGAAUCAUCAGUUUUUAAUAGGGACUAUGAUACUAUGUUCGUUACUGCAUCGCGGGAAAUAUUUGGAUAGAGAGGAGGAUAUCACUGCUGCACUACGUACGACGAGAGCCAUUUGGAUGAGACGUAGUUCUCAGUCCCAGGAAGCUAAAAAGGCCGCUGAGACCGUGAGUAUAGUUUUGGCAAGAGUGGGGGAACGUCGAGCUCACGGAGAGGAAACAAAUGGAUUUUCUCAGGGAAUGGGGUCUUCGGCUAAUCCAGCCGCUUCGACUAUGGCUAGUAGCGAAGUGGGAAUGGCUCUCGACGAACGGGAGAUGUUACCGGAUAGUAUGGGUAUGGGCUUCUAUGAACCGGACAAAUUCGUGAUGCCAGGGCUUCUCGGAAGCUUCACGCCUCCUGACCAGCAAAGUUUUUCCUUUGAUGUAAAUUCAUUGGAAAGGGGGGCGACUCUAGACGAUUGGAUGGUAAUGAACUGGCCCGGAAUGACAAGCUAG